GACAAAAACCGUAUCACUGAGUGAACCUCACAUGCGGCGGGUGAGGUGAUAGUUUUAAACAUUUUUAAAGCACAGAACAGAACCGUACAGGUUAGCAGGCGCUUUGGUUACGGGAUCCAAAUCACUCCUUAAGUGGUUAUCUCAAUUUUGGCAUCACAGGAAAGACUUUUCUCUUCAAGACCCCCACCCCAGUUUUCUUAGGAUUACCUUUUGAGAGGCCGAAUUUGUAGGCCCUUGUUUUUAUUCAAUGUAUGCGGGGAAAUUAGCACAUUUGCUUCUCCCUUUUCUCUCUGUCCCCCCACGUACGGGAGAGCAUUUGAGAGGAAGCUUCUGUGGGAGGAGUGGUCAGAGGAGAUGCCCGUUCUUCCUUAGGCCAGGACUUCAUUCCUUUUAAUUCCUGAGUUGUUGGGAAAUGUCCCCUGGACGGAAGCAAAGGAGAAGAGGGAUGAUUGGGCUGAGGAGAACAAGCUGGGAAGGAAGGAAGGAAGGAAGGAAGGAAGGAAGGAAGGAAGGAAGGAAGGAAGGAAGGAGGCUUUCCUGCCUUGGCAUCCCAUCCUGGGCACAACGGAGGGAGGGAAAGGCAGAGAGGGGAAUUGGUUCAGCAGAGACAAAUGUUGUGAAUACCUCCAUAUGUUUAAAUCUGGAUCUGAAGUAUCCAGAUCGGAGGCGGAUUCCUGGCUGAGCAGAGGAUUCAUUUGGGAAUACCAGGAAAUUUGGUAGCAGCAAACUUUUAUGAAGAGAAAGGAGGGAACGGAGUUUUUUGGCUUCAUGUCUAAUAUUUCGCUCUUUCCUUCUUGGCCAGGAACAUAAGGAUUCUGUGGCAAUAUCUCUGCUGUGAUGACAAUCAAAGCAGCAUCUAGUAGACAUUGUGGAAUCUGGAAACCAAAGAAGCUGUAAGGAAAAGGGUCCUGUAUGAAAAAGGACAUCCUCUCAAGGUGCUGAUCUUGUUGAACAGACUUUGCAUCAGAAAGGGAAAAAGAAGACAGAAAUGUCCAUAUUGCAGUUAAAAAUACAUACCACUGUCAACAUGCAGGAGAAACCCUAUAAAUGCCUGGAGUGUGGAAAGAGCUUCAAACACAAUCAAAGUCUGCAGCCACAUCGAAGGACUCACACUGGGGAGAAACCCUAUAAAUGUCUGGAAUGUGGAAAGAAUUUCACCCAAAGUGGACAUCUACAUUUACAUCAAAGGACUCACACUGGGGAGAAACCCUACACAUGCCUAGAAUGUGGACUAGGUUUAACUCGGAAGGAUAAUCUGCAGCAACAUGAAAGGACUCACACUGGGGAGAAACCCUAUGAAUGCCUGGUGUGUGGAAAAAGUUUCACUUAUAGUGGAAGUCUACAUAACCACCAACUAACUCACACUGGGGAGAAUCCCUAUGAAUGCCUGGAGUGUGGAAAGAGAUUCACUCGGUAUGGGAGUCUGCAGUCUCACCACAGAACUCACACUGGGGAGAAACCCUAUAAAUGUCUGGAAUGUGGAAUGAACUUCACCCAAAGUGGACAUCUACAUUCACAUCAAAGGACUCACACUGGGGAGAAACCCUAUGAAUGCCUGGAGUGUGGAAAGAGUUUCACCUUGAGACAUCAGCUGCAGCGACAUGAAAGGAGUCACACUGGGGAGAAACCCUAUGAAUGCCUGGAGUGUGGAAAGAGUUUCACUUUGAGACAUAAUCUGCAGCGACAUGAAAGGAGUCACACUGGUGAUAAAUCCUAUAAAUGCCUGGAAUGUGGAAAGAGAUUUACUCAUAGUGGAAAUCUACAAAAACACCAACAAACUCACACUGGGGAGAAACCCUAUAAAUGCCUGAAGUGUGGACAGAGAUUCACUUGCCAUGGGAAUCUGCGGUCUCACCACAGAAUUCACACUGGGGAGAAACCCUAUAAAUGUCUGGAAUGUGGAAAGAACUUCACCCAACGUGGACAACUGCAUUCACAUCAAAGGACUCACACUGGGGAGAAACCCUAUGAAUGCCUGGAGUGUGGAAUGAGUUUCACUUUGAGACAUCAGCUGCAGCGACAUGAAAGGAUCCACACUGGGGAGAAACCCUAUAAAUGCCUGGAGUGUGGAAAGAACUUCACUGGCAAUGGAGACCUACGUAGACACCAACGAACUCACACUGGGGAGAAACCCUAUCAAUGCCUGGAGUGUGGAAAGAACUUCACUGGCAGUGGAGACCUACGUAGACACCAACGAACUCACACUGGGGAGAAACCCUAUAAAUGCCUGGAGUGUGGAAAAAGUUUCUCUGAAAGUAGAAAUCUUCUAAAACAUAAUAGAACGCACACUGGGAUGCCUUGAGUGUUGAAAGCGUUUCACUUGGAAGGGUCAUCUGCAGCCAAGUAAAACUCACAUUCUAGUAAAAUGAUGCCAAGAGAGACUCUCUAAGAUGUACAAAGGCAACUCUAACAAAUGUAAAUGACAGCAUAAUGUUGGGAAAUAAUGUUGGGUUGAAAUAGAUAAAUGUAGAAGAAUGGGAGGAACUUUGGAAGAAUAGCUUACAAUUUACAAGAAGUUACUCUGUUAAAGAAAAGUUUUACAAAAUGAUUCACAGAUGUCACGUAACUUGAGAAAAAUAGUAGAAGAUAAAUUAAAAAAAUUGAAUUUAUGCUGGAAAUAUAAAGAAAUGACUGGAACCUUUUAUCAUAUGUGCUGAACUUGCCCAAAGUCUAAAGCCUUCUAGAUAAACGUGCACACCAACAUUGAAAACAAAAUUUAAAAAACUAAGUAACACUGAAUCCAGAACAUUUUUAAUUGGGACUUUUAGACAAGCAAAUCCCAAAACUGCAGGAAAGAACCUUCCUGUACAUGACUACAGCAGCAAGAAAUGAAUAUGCAAAACUAUGGAAAAAACAAAGAACACCAACACCAGAGGAAUGGAGUACAAUUUUUUUUAAUGGCUGAUAUGCUGGAAAUGUAAAGAAAUGACUGGAACCUUUUAUCCUAUGUGCUGAACUUGCCCAAAAGCUAAAGCCUUCUAGAUAAAAGUGAAUAUUUUAUUGAAACAAAGUAAGAAAAACUAAGUAAUCCUGAAACCAGAACCUUUUUAAUUGGGAAUUUUAGACAAGCAAACCUCAAAUCACUAGGAAACAAACUUCUUUUACAUGAAGAUUCUUUCAUGAGGAGUUACGGAUGGAGUGAAAUACUCAAGAGUGAAAUACUCAAGGCGCAAUUCCAAACAAUGCCAACAAAGAGAAAAAAUAGGACAAGUGCAAAGAAGCCAAAAUGGAUGUCCAAAGAACUUCUAACUGUGCUCAGACUCAAAAGAGACAUGCACAAGAAGUGGAAAAAGGGAGAAAUCACCAAAGAAGAAUUCAAACAAAUAGCCAACUUCGGUAGGGAAAAGGUUUGCAGGGGUAAAGCACAAAACGAGCUCAGGCUUGCCAGGGACAUUAAAAACAAUUAAAAGGGCUUCUGUUUUUAUGUCAGUAGAAAAAGCAAGAACAAGGAGGUAAUAGGGACUCUUUGAGAAUAAGAUGGGGCAAUGCUGACAGGGGAUAGGGAAAAGACAGAACUACUUAAUGCCUUCUUUGCCUCGGUGUUCUCACAAAAAGAAAGUCAAUGGGAUUUUGGCCUGCAUCAAUAGGAGCCUAGUGUCCAGAUCCAGGGAAGUCAUGCUCCCCGUGAUCUAUUCUGCCUUUGUUAGACCACACUUGGAAUACUGUGUCCAGUUCUGGGCACCACAAUUGAAGGGAGAUGUUGACAAGCUGGAAUGUGUCCAAAGGAGGGCGACAAAUGAUCAAGGAUCUGGAGAACAAGCCCUAUGAGGAGCGGCUUAAAGAACUGCGCAUGUUUAGCCUGAAGAAGAGAAGGUUGAAAGAAGAUAUCAUAGCCUUGAGGGGAACUCUUAGGAAGGAGGGAGCAAGCUUAUUUUCUGCUGCCCUAGAGACUAGGACGCAAUGGAGUCAUGGCUUCAAACUAUAAGAAAGGAGAUUCCGUCUGAACGUUAGGAAGAACUUCCUGACUGUGAGAGCUGUUCAGCAGUUGAACUCUCUGCCCCGGAGUGUGGUAGAGGCUCCUUCUUUGGAAGCUUUUAAACAGAGGCUGGAUGGCCAUCUGUCAGGGGUGAUUCGAAUGCGAUUUUCCUGCUUCUUGGCAGAAUGGGGUUGGACUGGAUGGCCCAUGAGGUCUCUUCCAACUCUCUGAUUCUGUGACUACAGCAGCAAGAAUUGAAUAUGCAAAACUAUGGGAAAACAAAGACCACUAACACCAGAGGAACUGAUUGCAUUUUUUUAAAUGGCUGAAAUUGACAAAUUGACUAAUUCUACAAUAAUACAGAAAAACUGCAAGAAGAAUGGAAUCUAUGUAUUUUAUAUUUAAAAAAAUCAGAAGAUGACUGCAAUAGGAUUUGCGAACUAAAACUGUUACGAGAUAAUGCAUUUGUAUCAACUAUAUAACUUUUAUUUCAAAGAGCAGGAAAAGUUUUGGAAAAUUGAUGAGUUAAUAUUUCUGAAUUAAAGUAGAA